AUGGACGACAUCACCCACGAUGCCGAAUUCAGACCUGAUAUGAACCAUUAUCCUUUGAAAAUCAUGGAGGGAAAAGAAGAGCCCACUGAACAUCAUGUUUCUGAUAUUGUAGCUGGCGGGAAAGCUUCCGAUGAAUUGGAGCAACAGCUCCAUGACUUACAGCAGCACCAUCACUGGGACCUCAACUUACCCGACGAUGUAAUUGAUGAGGUUCAAGACGCGUUGACCACAACAGAUUCACAAAACCGAGCUCAAUUGGCUUAUGCUCUUUUGGACAACUCUCCUUAUCCUGAAGUACGCGCUGCCGUUCUCAAUAUCGAUGAAGGAGGUCAUAGCAACACCAUUCGUGCCUGGAUUCUUGGGCUUAUCUUUACCACCAUUGUGUCCGCACUGAACGCACUAUUCUAUUUGCGCCAACCUUAUAUCAUUAUUCCGAUUUACAUUGUUCAGGUCCUUGUGUACCCCAUUGGCAAAGCCUGGGAGAAAUGGAUUCCGAGCAAGGAGUUCAGCUUCUUUGGCAUCAAGUGCAACACGAACCCAGGUCGGUUCAGCAAGAAGGAACAUGUCAUUGCUGUCAUCAUGGCGAAUGCCAGUUUCGGUAAUGGGCCUGCCUAUGCUACUGAUGUCAUUGUGGCACAACGGAAAUUUUAUGGUCAGCGCUGGGGCUGGGCAUUUGAGCUCCUGUUGUGCAUCAGCAAUCAAAUGCUUGGGUUCGGUUUAUCAGGGUUCUUCAGUAAAUACCUGGUAGACCCUGCAGCCAUGAUCUGGCCAACAAAUCUUGUGAAUACCUCACUUUUCAAUGCAUUGCAUGACCACUCAGAAAGUGAUCCGCGUAUGGCCUCAGGGUGGAAGAUCGGUCGAUACCGACUAUUUCUCUGGGUGAUGCUGGGAUCAUUUUGCUGGUAUUGGUUCCCAGGCUACAUCGCACCGUUUCUCAGUAUCUUUGCCUGGGUAACUUGGAUCAAGCCUGAGAGUGUGGUCAUCAACCAGCUUUUUGGGGGCAUGACAGGGCUUUCGCUGAUUCCAAUGACAUUUGACUGGACACAGAUCUCCGGAUUCAACUUCUCGCCUCUCAUUGCACCUUGGCAUGCGAUUGCGAACACGCUGAUUGGGAUGGUUCUAUGGUUCUGGAUUGUGACCCCUGCCAUUCAUUACUCGGGCUUAUUCAACGCUGAAUACCUUCCCAUCAUGGAUUCAAGCAUUCGUGACAAUACGGGUCAUAGGUACAAUGUCUCUAAGAUUAUUACGCCGGAAUUCGUAUUGGAUACGCAGAAGUAUGAAAGCUAUUCGCCGUUGUUCCUUCCAACCGCGUACAUGGUGAACUACGGGCUCGGCUUUGCUGGCAUCGUAGCCGUACUUGUUCAUUGUGGCCUCUUCCACGGCCCAGAUAUCUGGUUCCGGUUCCGCCAUGUCGGCCGUGAGGCAGAAGAUGUGCACAGCCGACUAAUGGCACGAUUCAAGCCCAUUCCGCUUUGGUGGUAUGGCACAGUCACUUUGGUCAUGUUGGGGGUGGGACUUGGUCUAACCCAGGGUUAUGACACUCAUUUGACUUGGUGGGCCUUUUUCCUUGCAAUUUUUAUCUCGAUUGUGUGGUGGCUUCCUCUUGCGAUUAUCUAUGCAACUACCAACAUAUCUAUUGGGUUAAACCUUAUCACUGAGUUCAUCUUUGGCUUUAUGCAGCCUGGGAGGCCAAUGGGCCACUACAUGAAGGUCCCUCCACGUGUUACCUUCGCUGCGCAGAUGGUCGCCUGCUUUUGGGCGUCGUUUGUCCAAAUUGCAACGACUAAUUGGGCCCUGGGGACAAUCAAAGAUAUCUGCACCCUCCAACAGGAAAAUCACUACACCUGUCCCAACGGUCGGGUCUUCUUCAAUGCCUCCGUAAUUUGGGGACUGAUUGGACCCAAGCACAUGCUCUCCAGAGGUCAGAUUUAUUUUUCGUUGGUGUAUUUCUGGGUUGCCGGCAUUGUCUUCCCCGUUGCACUCUACAUUGGAGCCCGCAUGUUCCCACGCAGUCCAAUUCGGUACAUCUCUGCGCCCAUAAUCUUUUCUGGCGCAAACUUGAUGCCACCCGCUACUCCACUGAACUAUUUCUCCUGGGGAAUUUUUGGCUUUAUCUUCAACAAGUUUAUCCGAAACCAUUACCGAGGCUGGUGGAUGACUUACAACUACAUCGUAUCUGCCGGAUUGGAUAUUGGUCUCACAAUCGGUACAAUCGUGAUCUUCUUGACCCUCACCUUGACCAAUACCGAGUUUCCAAGUUGGUGGGGCACCAGAAUUGCAUCAGGGACUUUGGAUACCACCGGCCAAGCCAUCCAGAAGAUUCCCGCUCCAGGUGAAACGUUUGGCCCUUCCAAGUGGUGA